AUUGACUUUUAACUUCAAUUGUUUGACAAUCCCAAUGGACGAUUCUGAUUCUGGGCUCAGUCAUGCACAUUUAGGAGAAUUUCAGAAACAGCUUUCAGAUGUGAUGGUCACAUAUCAGCACCUGCCUGAGGGUGAGCAGCCAGCUGCCUUUCACCUGCUGCAGGCCUCUCUGGGGCCUCUGCUGGCCGUACCUGCCGACUACUGCCUGUCAGGACAGCAGUCUGACCAGCAGCUGAUCAUCACAGACCAACCUGCUGCUGAAGCUCAGAAUGCACCUGUGCAGCAGGUGGCACUGCAGGCAGCAGAGGACCACCAGUGUACUACAGAGGGCCAGGAGCAGCAAACUGGGGCCAACCAAAGUCAGAAGGCCACCAGAGAUCAUGAUUUUGAGGAUGAGUCAGAUGACAUGAAUGUUGAGGCUGAACCUCUGACCUCAGAGCAUAAUGAAAUAGCAGAGGAAGAGGAUGACUCACUUGGGGAAACAGGCAAGAGACUGGUGGUCUGCAGCCUGCCUCUAAAAGUCCACAAACCGAUAAAGAUGUACCCAUGGCGCCCUGCGAGACAUACCCAGCUGGCUCUGAAGGGCAGCCUGCAGGGGAAGCUGCUGAGACUGGUCCCCAGCAGGCCUCUGAUGGAGCUGCCAAGCAGGAGUGGGACCAGUCCACCAAGAAUGCAGCAGCUGCCAACCAGCAGCGAGCUCAACACGUACGCCCACUUCCUCUACCACAACCGCACCUGCUUCAGGGCGUCAGCGCGCUAG